AAAAAAUAAAAAAGAAAAUGAUUGCAAAAAUGAGUUCAUCGAAUUUCCCUGUCUCUCUCUCUCUCUCCCCUUCGAAGAGGAACUGGUUCUCGAAUCGUUCGAAGUCUUGCCGGCGGGAACGAAUUGGGAGGGAUCGAUAUCUUGAAGUUCGACAGAAUCCUGAAAAAAAAUGGCUGCAUUUGAUGAGCCACUAUACCCAAUAGCUGUUCUCAUAGAUGAACUUAAAAAUGAUGACAUCCAAUUGCGGUUGAACUCCAUUAGAAGGCUGUCAACAAUAGCACGUGCCCUGGGGGAAGAGAGAACACGAAAGGAAUUGAUCCCUUUCCUGAGCGAAAACAAUGACGAUGACGAUGAGGUGCUUCUUGCAAUGGCGGAGGAGUUGGGUGUGUUCGUUCCCUAUGUAGGAGGAGUGGAGCAUGCGCAUGUGCUACUUACGCCAUUGGAAACCCUUUGCACUGUCGAGGAAACUUGUGUAAGGGACAAAGCUGUGGAGUCCUUGUGCAGAAUUGGAUCUCAGAUGAGAGAAAUUGAUCUAGUCAACUGGUUUAUUCCGCUAGUUAAGCGACUGGCAGCUGGUGAGUGGUUCACUGCUCGUGUUUCUGCUUGUGGAUUGUUUCAUAUUGUGUAUCCUAGCGCUCCAGAAUUGUUGAAGACAGAGUUGCGUACAAUAUACAACCAGUUAUGUCAAGAUGACAUGCCGAUGGUUAGGAGGUCUGCUGCAUCGAAUUUAGGGAAAUUUGCUGCAACUGUUGAAUAUGCUCAUCUAAAGGAUGAUAUUAUGUCAAUAUUUGAGGAGCUUACCCAAGAUGAUCAGGAUUCUGUGCGAUUAUUGGCGGUUGAGGGCUGCGCUGCCCUCGGUAAAUUGUUGGAACCCCAGGAUUGUGUUCAACGUAUACUCCCUGUCAUUGUAAACUUCUCGCAGGAUAAGUCCUGGCGUGUGCGCUAUAUGGUGGCUAACCAAUUAUAUGAACUUUGUGAAGCUGUUGGGCCUGAGCCAACCAGGACGGACUUGGUGCCUGCGUAUGUGCGAUUACUACGGGACAAUGAGGCUGAAGUACGUAUAGCAGCUGCCGGCAAAGUGACUAAGUUUUGCCGUAUUUUGGAUGCAGAACUUGCGAUUGAGCAUAUUCUUCCCUGUGUGAAGGAAUUGUCGUCGGACUCUUCCCAGCAUGUCCGCUCAGCUUUGGCAUCAGUUAUAAUGGGAAUGGCUCCCGUCCUCGGAAAGGAUGCAACAAUCGAGCAGCUUCUUCCAAUUUUCCUUUCACUUUUGAAGGAUGAAUUUCCUGAUGUGCGUCUUAAUAUUAUCAGCAAGCUUGAUCAAGUAAAUCAGGUUAUCGGAAUUGAUCUCUUAUCCCAGUCCUUGUUACCUGCCAUUGUUGAGCUUGCUGAGGAUAGACAUUGGAGGGUUCGACUGGCUAUAAUAGAGUAUAUACCACUGUUGGCCAGCCAGUUGGGUGUGAGGUUCUUUGAUGACAAGCUUGGUGCUCUUUGCAUGCAGUGGUUGCAGGAUAAGGUGUACUCCAUACGUGAUGCCGCUGCUAAUAACUUGAAGCGACUCGCAGAAGAAUUUGGUCCUGAAUGGGCAAUGCAGCACAUUAUCCCUCAGACUUGGCAGAUCCUAGAAAUGAGCAGCAAUCCACACUAUUUAUACCGAAUGACCAUCCUUCAUGCCAUCUCUCUCCUCGCCCCGGUCAUGGGCUCUGAGAUCACGUGCUCGAAGCUGCUACCUGUGGUCGUUACUGCAUCAAAAGACAGGGUGCCCAAUAUCAAGUUUAAUGUUGCCAAGGUGCUGCAGUCACUCAUUCCCAUCGUCGACCAGUCUGUGGUGGAGAAAACAAUCCGUCCAUGCUUGGUGGAGCUUAGCGAAGACCCCGAUGUUGAUGUUCGUUUCUUUGCUAAUCAAGCUAUUCAAUCGAUCGAUCACGUAAUGAUGUCGAGCUAAAACGAAUAUACUGCCAAUUGUUUGAGCACACUGCUGGAUUUAAUGUACACGAUGAUGAUUCUCUGUAGCUACAGUUCUGGGAUUGACAAUCACUCUUUUUGCGAGCCUUUCUUUGACUCUAUAAAUUUUGGGGCACAAAUGGUUUUCUGGAAUGAAUUGCUAAUUCUUGUCUGUGUUAA